UUCAUCGAAACAAAAACGGUGUAAAUAAACAGAGUAAUCUGUCAUUUUGCCCAAUCACUUUCAACUUCUUCUGGCUUUACUUACAAGCCCCAGCUCGUUGAAAGCUCUGCGUCAAAUGAGCUCUCGCUUUCAUUUAUUUCUCUAUUACACACUUGAUACUUAAGGCAGCUUUCCGAUCAUCAAUGCUUUUCCUUUUCUCCCUUUUACUGCUCCUAACUGCCGCCAACCUUCCCCACCCGCAUUGUCCACCGAAUUGAAAACUACCUUCGCAUUACUUCUGUUAGCCCGUUCAUGAGUUUCACCCGCAGAAUCUAUUUGGAGUAAUAUUCAUGUUAGGGAUGACACUUGUUAUGUUCGAAAUUUCGGAGUAUACAGAGCGGGUAGAGAGUUGUAAUCGGCAUUGUCGUAUUGAAACAUAGAAGUGAGAUAAACAAGUCAUUGAAAUGUACAUUGUUAGUUUGUUGAAUACUCUUUUUCAUACUUUUAACAUUAAAAUGAAAAUACAUUGGUUGGAUCCGCCAUUUUUUUUUAACGUGUGUAUCGAAUGAUGUUAUUUAAAAUAGAUAUCAUAAACUUCUUAUCAGUGCAGGGUUUUCAAAACCUGUCUCAUACAUCUUAUUUGUUUUGGUAACCCCAUACCUAGGUACCAUUUUGCCUCUGGGAGGCAAACGAUAGUUAACGAAACCCUCUUGUUAUGAAUUCUAUAAUUAAAAUUCAUAGGUCGAAUUUUACAUUUGAAGAAACACAUUAUGACUAUACGUUCCGUAUCUAUAUUGCGGUGAAUUAACCACAAGUAAAAUCAACAUAAUAAUAAUAAACAACAAGAUCUCCAUAUUGAGUAUGCCAUUAUUAUUUUUAUUUUUUUCUAUCAUCACUAGCUUGAUUUAGUAUGAAUUAAGUAAAACCUCAUCAUGUCGGAUUUGACUCCAUAAUCAUAUCAUCAAACUAACACAUUGAUAUCAUGACAUCAUCAUCUAGGGAAAUUUUACCAACAAUAGUAACAUCAUAAUAAGCAUUCAAUUUUGUUUGUUAACCCUACAUCAUUGCAUUCCCAUUUUCACAAACUUGGCAAAAAACCAAAUUAAUUGGAGAUCUGGCCCAAAAUAUCAACCCAUUAAAAGCCCAACAAAGCCACCCAACAUGGACACGUGUCGAUGGAAAACGACCGGACCAAAGGAAAGAGGCUUUCGGGCAGGCUGGCUGAUAAUUAUUCAUCCAGACAAAAAAGCUAAACAUAUUUUUUUCUUCCUUCCUUCGUUCAUUCAUUCAUGAUUUCCAGUCCCACACCAUUUUUCUCCCUUUAAGCUUUUUCCCCCAUUUCAAAGAGAGAUUCCUUCACUCAUCCACUCACUCACUCAAUCCCAUUGCUCCGAUGGGUUGCUCCAUUUCCAGAUUCACCAUCCUCUCGUCGCUGCACACCCACCACUCCCUCCUCGUCGACCAGCCGCCGUCAAUCCACGCCUUCCACCCAGGUCCCGCCACCGGCCGGCGAGCGGUGUCCCACCCCGCCCCGCUCGUCCACCACCCGCCGUCGGGGAAAGGCGAUUCCGAGCAUCUGGUGUACUUAACCUCCACCACAUACGGCUCCGUCCUCCACAUUCCUCCUCCGCCUCCUCCCCCGCCGCCGCCGUACAGGUCCGUGGAGGAAGAGUCCGGUGAGCCGGUUGCCUCCCCCGACUCCGUAAUCAACGCCUGGGAGCUCAUGGACGGCCUCGACGACGGCAAUGGCAAUGUGGGUGUCGAUUUUAAUUUGGGGAAACCUCUGCCACCGACGAGGAAUUCGUGCUGGGUCGAAGAAUUAGGGCUUCCGGACCAGCCGGAGAAGAAAUUGGGGUCGCCGUCGAAGCCGCUGUGGAAGCAUUUCUCGGAGGAGUCGUUUCUGUUGAAGUUGGACCCGGUCGUGGUUUCCAGCUACCGCCGCGCAUUGUUCGGCAAGAGCAAUCCCAAAAAAUCAGUACAUUCCGACUCCGAAUCUGGCUGCUCCCCUCAACCAGCAUCCGCCGCCGACGGCGGCGGCGGCAAGGGGGAAGGUGGUGGCGAAAUCGUGGUGUUCUUCACGAGCCUGAGGGGGAUCCGGAAGACGUACGAGGACUGCUGCACGGUCCGCACGAUAUUCCGCGGCCUGCGAGUCGCCGUCGACGAGAGGGACGUCUCGAUGCAUUCGGCGUACGGGAAGGAGCUGCGCGGGUUACUGGCGGUGGGCAACAAAAUGGCGGCGGGGGGAGGAGGGAGCUUGCCCCAGGUGUUCAUCGGCGGGAAGCACGUCGGUGGCGCGGAGGAGAUCCGGCGGCUGAACGAGUCCGGGGAGCUGUCGGAGCUCGUCAAAGGGUUUCCGGCCAGGGAUUGCCGGUGGGGCUGCGGCGUUUGUGGGGAUGCCAGAUUCGUGCUCUGCUCCAACUGCAAUGGCAGCAGGAAGGUGUUCGAUGAAGAUGAAGAGAGGCUGCGGCGGUGCCUGGAUUGCAACGAGAACGGCCUGAUUCGUUGCCGGAGCUGCUCCGUUUGAUGGGAUUUCUUUUUCCCCACCCUUUCCACUUUUCGUUGUCUAAGCUGUAUGUGUGUUUGGCAAGGUUGCUUCCAUUUUCCCAGACAUUGAAGGUUGAUAUCUCGUCUGCCUGGUUAGGAUUAGCAGCAAAUUUUCAUGGCCAAGCUUUGUCUGUGUUACUUGCUUUCAAGUCGGAAUCUGAGUGGCAAUGGAGCACUGCUCCUUCGUUGACCUGGCGGCGAGAAGGCUAAGGUGCGAGUCAUCGUGCCGCCGCUGUGCUCGCCACCAUGGUUCGAGGAUUGGUGGAGGGAGGAAGAGAAGCAAUGAUUCAAUGAUGAUGAUUACUUGCUGUUUGCUGGCAUGCUUGGGCAAUGUAGUCUACAAACUACAUCGAAUCCAAGUAUGCUUGCAAAUGCAGUAGUAGACUAAAUAAAGGUAUUCCAAAAUA